AUGGCUACCGAUAACUUCUAUCGCAUGAUGAUCCUCCUAGAGGAGCCACACAAGCAACACAGUACCGACGGACGCAAGAUUGAAAACGCGAGCCAUGACUUUGUCGAUGAGCUGCUGCUACCUAUACAAGUUGACGACCUUGAAGUCCUGAACACCUGGUUUGACAAGUUCGACGAAGAAAUCUGCAUCCCCAACGAAGGGCAUAUCAAGUACGAGAUUAGCAGUGAUGGUCUCAUCGUUCUCAUCCUCGACAAGGAAAUAAGUGAGGUUAUCGGCUUGGUCCGCGACUUCGUUGCUGCCAACCAGCUCGACGAAGACAGCUCCAGCGAUGCCAAAUGA